AUGGCCCAUUCUCACUCUCACGAUGGUGGCAUUGGUCACUCCCAUGACGAUCCCUUUAACGGCCACGGCCACUCCCACGAGAUUCUGGACGGGCCAGGCUCUUUCGUGAACCGAGAGAUGCCAUUGAUCGAGGGCCGUGAUUGGAAAGACCGUGCCUUUACCAUUGGCAUUGGAGGACCCGUUGGAUCUGGCAAGACUGCGCUCAUGAAGCAGCUUUGCCUCGCCCUCCGUGACGAGUUCAACAUUGCCGCUGUCACAAACGAUAUCUUUACCAAGGAAGACGCCGAAUUCCUCACCCGCCACAAAGCCCUCGCCCCCUCCCGGAUUCGCGCCAUCGAAACAGGCGGCUGCCCCCACGCCGCCGUCCGCGAAGACAUCAGUGCCAACCUGCUCGCCCUCCAGACCCUUCAGAAGCAGUUCUCCACAGACUUGCUUCUUAUCGAGUCGGGUGGCGACAACCUCGCUGCAAACUACUCGCGCGAGCUGGCGGAUUUCAUCAUCUACGUGAUUGACGUCGCCGGCGGCGACAAGGUGCCGCGGAAGGGUGGACCAGGCAUCACAGGCUCAGAUCUGCUGGUGGUGAACAAGAUCGAUCUUGCGGAGGCUGUGGGGGCAGAUCUGCAAGUUAUGGAGCGGGAUGCGGCGAAGAUGAGAGAAGGGGGGCCUACUAUUUUUGCGGUGGUGAAAGAUGGGGUUCGCGUGAAGGACAUCAAAGAUUUGAUUCUGAGUGCUUGGAAGGGGAGCGGGGCUUAUGAGGUGAGUUUGCAGAGGUGGAAGGAGGGAGCUCCUAGGGGAUCGGGAAGUGUGGAGGAGUAA